AGGUUCAUUGUCAAGGAACUGUCUCGUCUGGAGAAGCAGUCUUUCCUGGAAAGUGGUCCCACAUUUCUACGUUACUGGGGAACAGCCCAGGCUACGGGAACAAGCACGAGCUUGGCCAAGAUCCUGGGAGUGUACCAGGCUACAAUCGGAAAAUCUGAGACCAUUGACUUCCUCAUAAUGGAGAACAUCUUCUAUGGAUGUGAUAUACAUAGGAUCUACGAUCUUAAGGGGUCGGAGAGGGAUCGCUAUGUUGCACAAGGAGCUAGCACGCGAGGCACUGUUCUUUUGGACCAGAAUCUGAAGGAGAUCAGUCUGAACAACCCUUUGUCCAUAACGCCCGCCUCAUUUGAGCAUCUGAAGGGAGUUCUUCAGGAAGAUACGGAAUUCUUGGCAAAUCAAGAUGUGAUGGACUAUAGUCUUCUCAUUGGAGUAGACAAGAAUCGUCGGCAGCUUGUCAUCGGAGUGAUUGAUUUCAUUCGUCAGUUCACACUGGACAAGGCGCUCGAGAUGUAUGUCAAGAAAUCUGGCUUGCUUGGAGGUGGUGGUAAAGAGCCGACGAUCAUCUCUCCCAAGCAGUAUGCGAAUAGAUUUCGGCUGGCGAUGGCGAAGUGGCUUGUCUCUGUGCCA